UUCAUAAUCCCCAAGUCCAAACAACUGAUCUUUCUUCCCAAAAUCCACAAAUAAACUUUCCUGGACCCAUAUUUCAGCCUGUUCCUUUCCCACUGAAGUAAAUUUGUCCUACUAUAACUACUUUUUCUCCCCACGCAGUCUCUUUGCAGAGCAUGUUCACUCAGUCUGCAGAAUCGAUCCUGGCCUUCUGGCUACUAGCCAUUUUGAUUCUCACACUUUCGUCCUUGACAUAUUGUAAUAUUCUAGUGAAGCCCAACACGUUGUCUCCUCCCCUCAGGCAUGUUGCAGCCUUCUGGACUCAACAAUGAACCCAACAACUUUAGAUCAUGAACCCUGUCCCCCACUUGGAUUUGCUAUUUUCAUCAAGUGCCAAUCUGUAUCUUGUUUUCAUGCUUUUGCUAUUACACAAAACAGUCUCUUAUUCUGCUUAUGAUACUUGUUCUAGACCAAUUGUUUCUUUACUACAAUCAUUGCCACGACCUUUAACAUCUUUGUAAUUUAAUCUCUGCUUCACCUGUCCCUUACCUUCCCUUUUCUAUUUGAUAUUUGCUACUUUUUCAAAAGCGUAAAACUCAUUACAUACCUACCUUCAAAAGGUUCGGUCUAUUCUCAGUGGUUAGCCAGAGUAGUGAAACUGAGCAUCAUAUUUUAUGCGAACCUCAUUCAAACAGCUGCUUACUCCAGUCCCCUGAACCCACAAUGUAAAAACCAGCAGAGUCAACUUGUCUACAACCUUUUGUUGCUCUCAAGGAGAUGGUAUAACUAUCAUAUUAAAUUCCACAGAACUGGCACUGGUGAAUGUAUAGAAGAUGAAAGUAAGUUGUUGCAUUAUUCCCACUUUCUUCUCAAUCCUUAUCGUAAAGGACAACAAGAAAAAAAACAACUUUUGUGACUGGGAAAACUUGUUUUCCUCCACAUCUUGUUUCCCCUCAAUAGGCCCCUUUGCAUUCCUUUUCUAAAUUCAGAUAAUGAGCUAACGCAUAAUGGGAGGAUACUUUCUGAUGAUUUACUGCUGCAGCAGCUCAGGUAGAGAUCAUGAGAUUGCUGCUGUCAAAAAGGCUCUGAUUGCUGUCAUCAUAGGUUGAGAUCACAUUGCUCAAUGGGCGAUGCAGGCUUUUACACGGUCCAACAGAUUCCUAAGAUUGUUAAAAUUUUGCCCCACAGACAUUGCAGAUAGCUUGAGAACUUUCAUGUUCCUCUGAGCAAUGAGCUCUGCACCCGUGACGGUAUCAAUCAGAAUAUCAGCAAUUGUGCUCCGACCACUGCCAAUCAAUGAAUGCUCUUGCCUUUCAAUCAACCAACUCACGCUGCUGCCAAUCUUGAUGUUGGAAGGCCAAAGAAAGGCCCUGAGGAACCAGGGAUGCUCAAGGGUUGCCGGCAGUCUUUCCAGUGAAAAUCAGCAGCCCCUGCACCAGCCAUACAUUGAACCCUGGGAAGAGCACAACAAGCACUCGGGAACGGACAAGGAUAACCAGUUUUUGUUUGUAUUAUUUAUGGGCUUACAUUGUGACUAGAUUGUGACAAAUAUGAAGGAUGUGAAUUUGAUUUGUUGGACUUCGUGGCUUUAUGGACAUUGCACAAUACGUGCCUGCAGCAACUUACAAUUGAAAAUCCACAACUGCAAUGUGAUUUGGGAUCAUAUUUGUCAGAUAAAUUUGUCUUCAUGAAGAUUCCUGACAUUGGUGAUGUAAUGAAUAAAUUUGAAGUCCUUGGAAUUGUAGGUGAAGGAGCCUAUGGGGUGGUACUAAAAUGCAGGCACAAGGAAACCAAUGAAAUUGUGGCUAUCAAGAAGUUCAAGGACAGUGAAGAAAAUGAGGAAGUUAAGGAGACAACUUUAAGAGAGCUUAAAAUGCUCCGUACUCUAAAACAAGAAAAUAUUGUUGAACUUAAGGAGGCCUUUCGAAGAAGAGGAAAACUUUAUUUAGUGUUUGAGUAUGUGGAGAAGAAUAUGCUUGAAUUACUUGAAGAGAUGCCAAAUGGUGUUCAACCUGAAAAAGUGCGAAAUUACAUUUACCAACUAAUCAAAGCAAUUCACUGGUGCCACAAGAAUGACAUUGUUCAUCGAGACAUCAAACCAGAAAACCUUUUAAUCAGCUACAGUGAUAUGUUAAAGUUGUGUGAUUUUGGAUUUGCUCGGAAUUUAUCAGAGGGCAGCAAUGCAAAUUACACAGAAUAUGUGGCCACUAGGUGGUAUCGUUCACCUGAGCUGCUACUUGGAGCUCCAUAUGGAAAGGCUGUUGAUAUGUGGUCUGUGGGUUGCAUUCUUGGAGAACUAAGUGAUGGACAGCCACUUUUUCCUGGAGAAAGUGAAAUAGAUCAGCUUUACACAAUUCAGAGAGUAUUGGGACCACUACCACCUGAGCAGAUGAAGCUCUUUUAUAGUAAUCCUCGUUUUCACGGCCUACGGUUCCCUGCUGUAAACCACCCUCAGACUCUGGACAGAAGAUACCUGGGCGUUAUUAGUGGAGUUAUGUUGGACCUUAUGAAGAACUUGCUGAAGCUAAAUCCAUCUGAAAGAUACCUCACAGAACAAUGCUUAAAUCACACUGUGUUCCAGACUCAGAGGCUGUUGGACAAAUCUAGUGGCACUUCUCCAACACGGUUAACUAAAAGAAAACCUCAUCAUGCAGAAAACAGAAAUCAUGGCAACAAAAGUACAUCUCAGUCAACCCGUUCAGAAAGCCGAGAUCAGCAGAACCUCACUGUCAGUUUUAAGCGAGCAGAUGAUAGCAGUCAGUAUGAUGGCACUUCUAAUGAAAGUUCAGCUGCACUGAGCCCAAACCUUAUUCCCUUGCCAGAUUAUCAACAGACAAAACAGAAUCUCUCUGGCAGCAAGGAUUUAACCAACACUAACUUACCGCUUCUUCCCAGCCCACGUCUAAACUCCAAGGAAGCACAUUCUAAGUCUAAAGCAGAUUUCCAGGCUGAUCAAAAGGUUGCAGAAGGUCCAGGUGCAAAAUACUUAAAACCCAAUACAAAGUCUCAGCAGAAUCGACAUUCAUUUGUAGAAAUGCCACAAAAUAAAACUGGAACUCUACCAACUGAAAAACCUAGCCGUCACAGUUUCAUAGAACCAGUACAAAGCUCUGUCUCUCAGCAGUCGAAAAAUCCACCUGUUUUAACACCAUCCAAAACAUACAGGACAUUGAGUGAUUCAAGGUCAGUUGGAAACCUUAGUGACAUGAAAAUACAUGGGGAGGAUCAGACAUCCAGAUAUUUCCCUUCAAGCUGUUUGGAACUCAAUGCUUCAAACAAUACAACUGGACAAACGGAAAACAGGACAAUGCAAAAUCCACCUGCUGCAACCACCCCCAUGAGUAAAAGCCUGGAAUCCCGCAAACCAGCCACAAGACACUCAACAAAUGAAGAAGAGCUAAAAGUUCCUGCCAGUAAUGAAGGGGGUCAUUCACAUUCAGUAUCUGCUCCACACGAGUCUUUUCCUUAUGACUUAAAUUAUCCCAGUCCUUAUGCCUCCAAACCCCGUUCACAGAGACACUCUAUGUAUAUCCCAAGGAAACAAGUAUCUGAAAUUAGCUCUGGAGGUAUGGGACAGGGAAUGCCUGCUAGGACAAAUAGUUUGCAGAUGUUGUCUCCUCAAAUGCAACAUGCUCGGACCUCUCUCUCAAGAGGUUCUGUGGGCUCCUCUCGUGAGGACUGUACAGAUACCCCUGGGAUGGAGCAAUCCUUAUCUGAUGGAAAGCAUAGCCGACCACCAAUCAAAGAUUCUACGAGGGAUAAUGCAAUGUCAUUCCACAGCCAUCAACAUCAGAUCGAGCCUGGAGGAUAUCAUGACAUUCACUUAGAAGAUGGUCUAUCCACAAAAGAAAAUAAGUAUGUGUUUUCUGAUACAAUGCCCAGGGAUAGACGAGUACGAAGCUAUUAUGAAGACUAUUCUUCAUUGGAGGGCACAUUCGGUGAGAGAGGUCCAAUUAAUGUGUCAAUGACCGGUAACUCCAAGUCAAAACACUCCAAAAGACAUACAUCUUUCGAUCUUUGGAAAAGUACAGAGAAUCUUAACAUAAAUCCCCCGGAACAAACGAAGGAGAAGGGCAAGGGUUUCUUCAGAGCAAUAAAAAAGAAAAAGAAGAAAUCACAAACUACAGAGAACUGCGAUGGAGAAAAUCCAAGUAUCAGAAAAUCCCUCUUUCCUCUUUUUAGUGCAAAGAAUCAUUUAAAACAUAUCUCUUCCUCCAGAGAACUGCCUGUAGUCAAUCUUCCCAUGAUGCCUAGUAGUGAUGGCCACGAUCGUCUGGCAUUGCAAAAGGCAUUACAUACCAGCCAAAAUAGAGAGAGAGACUGGCCCAUUGACAAGAUGGCAGACGUUCAGCCUCAGAAACACCCUUUGAAAUCACUGCGCAAAUUUUUGCAGCUACCUACUUCAUUCAGUCAUUCUACUCCCUCAGAAGUACGGUUUCAACCUUUGCCAAACCAGCCAGUCAAGUCAUCUCACGUUGAGGGUCGCAUCCAUGCUGCGGGGCAGACUCCUAACAGCAAUAUACGACAAGAUUCCCAGGCAAAACCUAGAUCAACUUUUCAACUACCUGGGCAAAUGGAACCUAUCUGGCAUGUGCUGCCAAGUGGCCGGACUGGAAUCGAUGGAACUAUGAACCCUGACCAAAUGAUUUCCAAAUCAAGUCAAAAUGGUCAUUCUCUACAUUUAACCAGAACAGCACGUUCCAGAAUGCCAAAUCUAAAUGAUUUAAAAGAAACAGCACUGUAGUAAUUUUUCUUUUAAUCAUUCUGAAAAUGAAUAUACUUCUAUAUCCGAUGAAUAGCCAGGUCCCUUUAAUAAACAUUACUGCUGUAAUGUUGGAAGCAAUUUUUAAACAUCUUAAUCAUGACAGUAAUGCAAUAUGCAGAAUUAUCUUAACUUGUUUGAAGUUUUGCAAAACAGUACCUAGUGGCUGUAAUGAUGGUUAGCACCUGUAAUGAUUAUUAACAAAGUUCACAAUUCAUAUGAUCAGACUAUUCUGUAACAGUUUAAACAGUUUGUAGUUAUAACAAAUAACAUAUUUGUACAUUGUUAGAACUGGAGUUUGUCCUGAUAUCCAUGAUUUCACAGAGCACAAUGUUAUUGUGUACUUAAUGCACAGUGUAUUCACAAGCUGCUGAUGCUUUUUAGGCAUUUUGUACACUUUCUUCCUCAAACUGUUGUAUUUGCAUUAUAUUUAGGCAUAUGAGUAGUGGUAUUUCAGCGAAUAUACUGGCAAUUAUGUUUCGUGUGUGGUUAGUAGCUUGUCAAAGUUUGAUAAAAGGAUUUUAUUUUUGGUAUGUAAUAUAGAAUCUGUACAAACUACUUUAUGAAAAUGAUAUACAAGAAUAACAAAUUACAAAUUGUUACAAAAUUGUCACCUGGCAUUAACUGAAAUGCAAGGCUCAAAUGGUUUAUCAAUGUAAGAUGUAGUGUUGGACCUGUUACUUUGAAAUAUAUGCAAUUGAGAUUAUAUCAUUUUCAUUCUUUUGGAUAAUGUGGGGACUUUGCUUCAAUCAAAUCAUAUGGCUUGAAAUGGGUAAAUUGAACUGUAGGGAUAUUUGAUUUAGUUUACUGUGUAUUGUGGUAAGUAGUGAACUAGGUAUAUAUUGUAUCGAGAAUAAACGUUCAAAUGCACUUGACUCAAAUUAUAUAAACUGCAAAAGUAUAGCUGGAAUCAAUUUUGCAGCAUCUAGAUCUUCUAGCAGACAAGUUACUUUUUAUCUUUGUGGUUUUGUUUUAAGUUGAUUUAUACUCUUCGACUUUUGUAUUCUGCAUUAUCACCAUGAUAACAGUACUGAACCAGUUCUGUUUCUUCCCACCCUCAAAUAAUUUUACUUGAUUAUAUGUUGAUAUAGUAGUGUAUGCUAUGUUUCCUCUGGAGGAUAUAUUGAUACAGUAGUUAUACACUCAUGCCCCUUGAUUAUCCAGAAGUUUCACUGAUGGUGGCUGUGAGCAAUGGUAGCUGGCCAUGUACCAGAAACAAAACAAGGAUUACCAUUAGUUUGUUAAUUAUUGCUCUGACAUCUAGAGCAUAAAAUGUGAAAUUUUACUCUUCCCUGUAGAUCACUUUGCCUCUGCCUCAUCAGGAGUUCCUUAUGAAGUUGCCGAGGAAGCAGUCUUGGGUUUCUACAAAGAGUUUAGGACUGUGUGAUUGUUUUUUAAGGUAAUGGGUAUGCUGAAUAUCAUGUGUUCUUACAAACAUGCUCUUUAAAUGACCCGUCUAUAUAUAUUUGGUGAAAAUUGGGCAUUUCAUUAAAGCAGGAGAACGCCAUCUUCAUUGUUAAUCUCACAUAAUUUUCUGUGGGAACUCAAGCCCCUCAGGCAGAAAAGUAAGUCAUGAUUCUUGGAUCAUGCCUUGUCUGACAGAAAAAAAUUGCAACACCUCAAAAUUGUACUUUUGCUGGAUUAUGAUUGUGCUUAUAUUUACUUUAUUAUAGGUUGUGUUCUUUUAUGUUAGAAGACAUGUUAUUUUCAUGUAAUUUUGCACUUCCAGCAUCUGACAUCUAGAUCUUUUGCCCGUGCCUUAUUUUGUGCCUUUUUUUUUUAAAUGUUGACCUUUCCCUUCUGCAGUGAUCCCUCAAACAAAAGUUUUUGCUUUUUUUUGAAACAGAAAUAAGUGGCCAAAAGAAAAAGUACAGGUUUAUGCAAAGUCCUGGUUUAGAUCUGGCCUUAAAAAUGGGCAAACAAUUGAACCUUAUUCAAAUUUGUAAUUCAUCCUACAUUGUGCAUAAGUUGUUGUAGAAAUUAUCAAAAUCAUCUUUUGAUUUUUAUAAAGGAGUUAAGUUCAGAUCUUUAGCAGAAUCGAAGGAUUUGCUUUUCACUUUGCUUUGUAUUUUAGACUACAAUGACAUCUUGAUUGAGUGACAAUGUAGGAGCAACCAAUAUUUGUAUGCCACUUCUAUUUUAUCGAUGUCUAUUUUUCCUUCGAUUAUACAAUUCAAGUGCAUGAUGGGAGAGGAGUGUAACAGACUAAAAUUUAUUCAUUGAAAAUCUCAUGUGGUCAAAGGGAGUUUACAGCAGUUGUAGUAACCAAUCAUUCACGAGCUUGUGAUUCUCAUUCUGCAGUCACAGUCCCUUUUAGAAGGUUUAGUCAUAAUUGUCACAACUUAUACAAUAUAUACCAAACAAUGAAUUUUCCAAUAGGGAUGAAGCUAAUUUUUAAAGAAAAUUAAGUAUGACUGAGAUACAUCAAGGAAAUUUUGCCGCUUUUUCAUACAGUAAUUACAUACUCGGCUGACCAAAUCAAACUUUUGUCUUUAUAGCAAAAGUACAGGGUACAUGGUUGUCAUGUCAUUACAGUUUCUGCCAUUUAGCUAAGAGUAUUGGUGGCAACAUGAAUUUGAGCUUGCUGCCCUGCUAUUAGGACUACGUUCCAUUAUUCUGAAGCAAACUCAUCAAAUGUAUGAUAAAAAUUGCAUACUCUGUAACUCACCCAUUAAUGAAUGAUGAGUUGGCAACAGCAAAAAUGUACACUAGAUUUUAAGCAAAUUUUAUGAUAUUGUGGACUCCAUUAAUAAAUAGGAUUCAUCAGAACCAGAUGUAUAUCUGCCUUUUUUAAUAAAUCGUAACAGUAAUGUUCCCACUAAAUUGCAAAUGAGAUUUGAUUUGUAAUGCCAGCACAUUAAAAUAAUUUAAUAAUUUGAAGAUUUGUGUAUUCCAAAUGUCCCAUUGGCAAAAGGCACUAAAUUUGUUGCAUGCAGACAAUUGGUGCAAAAUCCACGUUUGACUAAUUACUUUACACAAUACUUUUCCAUGAAAAUAGUGCCUUGUUGGUUUGCAGCUAAAUUUGCACUAUUGUGAGAUGUCUUUCACUGGUACCUUGCCUGAUUUAUUUUGAGAGAUUUCUGCGACAUCUGUACCAACAUCUUUUCCAGACAUGGUUGUUCUGUCAGUAUGAUUUUCCUUGCAGUUAUUCCAAUACUUUGCAGUCUUGCUAGACAUUUCUGUUCCUUCCCUGCUACUGAAUGAUAUAAUUAUUUUAUGAGUAUUACAUGUUCUGGCUAGUUAUGCUACCUAGAUUUCCUACUGACUAUACUUUACUUCAGUGUCAUGUGUUCAAAGUGCUGCGAACAUAAAUAAUUUUUAUUUAAUAUAAAUAAUUUUUAAAUAUUUAUAUGAAAGCUAUUGAUAAACAUUCUUUCAAGAGCUAAAAUAUUCAGAACGUGGGGCAUUUUAAUAUUACCUUCAGUCAGCAGGUGUUGAGUGGCUUCUACCCAUUGGCAUUGUCAUUGAUGGAAAAUUUCUAUACCUUGUGAACAAAGUACACCCAAAUUCUCAUUUUGAAAUGUGCUUACAUGUAUUACGACAAGUAUCAGAUUUUGAUUUGUCAAAUUUGUGUUUUUGAAUGUCAUUGCAAACAAAGCUCAGAUGGUCAGGUUCAGUAUUAAUGAGAUCAUUUACAGAUUUCAGUAUCUUCAACAGCUACAAUGUAAUACAGGCAUUAACUUUGAAACAGGCUACUCUUAUAUUCUGCAGAACUUUAAGUUUAAAAUUUUGCUUGCUGUUACAUUCAGUAUUAUAAACUUUUUUUGUAUCCACACACUUUCUCAUAUUAAACCUUAUAUGGAAAGGUCAAUUUUCAGAGUUAAAACUUGGAGGGGAAAAAAAGUUGUUGCAUAAAACAACUAAAAUGUUGAGAUUUUUAUGCCACAUUUUUAAAAUCGCUUUUAUACAAUGCUCAUUGAUUAAUAUAAAUCCAGGGUCCAAAUAAUUCAGCAGAAUAUAAACCAGCAGGUGUAAUUAGUGCUAAUGUAUAUAAUUGUCUAAAGACUUGUGUUUUAUGCAUGCAGAUCUCAAUACUUCACACAGGUUUGUAUGGGUGUAAAGCAUAUGUAUUCUCUGUUAGAUCUUAAUAUCUACAGGAUUAGAAAUUGUGAUUAGGGAAUUUAUUAAUAAGGGAAAGCCUAAUAAAUAUACAUUACUAUUGAAUAUAGUUCUAAUAGGAUAAUAUUACAGGUGUACAAAAACAUGGAAAAAAAAAGUUGACUUGAGAGUAUAUAUGUAAUUCUGACAAGUGGUUAAUGCCUAUAGUUAUAACUGAAAUUAUAUUUUAGGCAGUAUAUAUUUUUUAAAAAUGUGCACAUAUUUUCAAGUAUUCGGGUCUCUGCUCAUGUGAAGUCCUUGUUUUCCAGGAUUCUUUGGCAGCAUUUGUGGUUUCUCACAUAGUUGCAUUUAUGUUUUGUUUCCUUUAUUGCAGUUUUUUCCCUUUUUUUAAUGAUUGCCAAGUAUAAAACAUUUGUAAAUUGUUUAUAUAACAUUUAUAUGUUUGUAUAUUCAAUCCUUAUAGUGUGUUUUCCAUCUGUAUGUACAGCUAUUUUGUAAAUUUUAAUCAUACUGUUUGAGUUGUCACUGAAUAUUGGCAUGAAAUGGUUAAUUUUUACUAAGCACAAUGUAUUUUUGAAUGGACCUUGUAAAACACGUCUUUAUAAAAAUGCAAAUUUUUGCACUAAAA